AUGUCCUACAACUGCUCCACAAGGAAUUGUUCUUCCAGACCCACUGGGGGACACUGCCCUGUUGCCGUGGCUACAACUGGGGAUGCUGACUGCCUGAGUAGCAUCCACUUGCCCAGUUCCUUCCAAACAGGCUCCUGGCUCCUGGAUCACUGUCAAGAGUCCUGCUUCGAACCCACUGUUUGCCAGCCAAGUUGUUACCAGAGAACUUCUUGUGUCUCCAGUCCUAGCCAGGUGACCUGCGCUCGCCAAACAACCUGUGUCUCCAAUCCCUGCUCAACUCCCUGCAGCCGGCCGAUCAGUUUUGUCUCCAGUGGCUGUAAGCCCCUGGGAGGCAUCUCCAGUGUCUGCCAGACUGGAGGAGGCAUCUCUGGUGUCUGCCAACCUGUGGGUGGCAUCUCUGCUGUAUGCCAACCAGUGGGAGGAAUCUCCAGUGUGUGCCAACCAGUGGGAGUAGUCUCCACCGUGUGCCAACCAUCCUGCAGUGGCUCCAGGACGUACCAGAGGUCCUUCGUAUCCAACUACCGAAGAACUUGCUAA